AUGGCUGAAAGUGUCGAAUCGUCGAAAGCAGAAGAUAAGAUGGAUGUUGCGAACGUUGCUGCACCUACCGACACCACAAUGUCGAUGGAGACUGCAGAAACCUCAACUCAGAAGAAGGAAGAAGAAAAUGCAGAAAGUUCAAUAAGUUUAAGUAGGGAGGAGGAUAAGUUCCAUUCCAAAUCUAAAAGAAGUCGAAAUGAAAAGAAUGAUGAUACGGAUGCUAGAAGCAGUAAAGGCGAAGGUCCUAACAGUUUCCUUUCAAUUCCCAUCACCAACAGUGAGACUUCAGAAAAUAUAGCUGCAAUUCAGAAGUUUAUUGUAGAAUGUGAUCCAAUGCUAAAACCAUUAUUGAUAAAUCUACCAACUUUACACAUUACUCUUGGGGUAUUUUCAUUGAAAAAUGUCGUGAAUGAGCUGGAAAGUUGCAAAGAAGCUUUAGAAGAAUCAAAAAGAAAAAUACUUGAUUUUGGAGCAAAAUUUCCAUUAUCAAUAAAUGUUGAAGGUGUUGGUUCUUUUAGCAACCGAGUGCUUUAUGCCAAAGUUACCCCGAGUGAUGAUUUGAAGGUUGUUAGCCAAAUGUCAGAAACGCUGAUGAAAGUUUUUGAAGAUAAAGGAAUAAAAGCAGCUGACUCUUUACCAUUUAAGCCUCACAUCACCAUUAUGAAGUUAUCAAGAGGAAAGUUCUUUUUGAAGAAAAACCUAAAAGAAAUAAUCGAAAAGAUAGAAGCAAAGUAUGAGAACGAGAAGAUGGGAAGUAAUGAAGUGAACCGAGUGGACUUGUGUUGGAUGCGUAGGCAAGCACACUCAGAUGGCUACUACAACAUCAUUCACCAAAUUAAACUCGAUCAACCAAGUGAAGCACAUUUUGAAUCAGAUGAUAACACAAAAGCAGGUAUUAAUAAAGAAAAGGAAAUUAGCACAAGGGACACCGGCACAAUUGAAGAUAUUGAUACACAAAAUCAUAAGACGGUAGCUGAUGACGACAAUAGCCAUAGCAAGGCAAGCACAACAGAGUCAGGUGCAAACAUACCAGGUGAAAAAGUUCCUGAAGGGGACAGAAUUUAA